CGAAGUCCCAAAUAUUUUGAGAAAGGAGAAAAGAAAAAUCCAAAAGCCCAAAACAUUGGGAAUGUCAUGUUCAAAUUAGUUCCAAAACUUAUGCGCUAUACACAAAUUGAUUGGAGGUGAAGAGAAGAAAAAGUAGUUGUAGAAAGUUCCAAAAGUCAUUGGUACUUUUUAUUUAUUUAUUAUUAUUUAUGUGCUUAUCAAUCUUCAUUGAAUAUGCAACAAAUCAUGCAGCUCCAAAUAAAGCCUAAAAUAAGAAUGAUGACAAUUUUAGUUCAAAGAUUACACUUUCGAGACUACGUUCCAGAAUAGCAAACACAUUAUAGGUAACGACCCAAAAAUCUUGCAAACUAGAUCACUUUUGUUGUGAUCUCUGCACUUAUUAUUAAGUAUAGGGAUCUUCUUGUAAUUAGCCAGCCGACCCAAGUUUAGUGUUGUAGUGUUUGGCUCGGCCUGUACUUAAGGGGAAGAGUGCUUAUGUUGAUCCCCAACUAAGAAAAACCUAAAAAGAUCAAUAAUAGAUCGGCCGAGAACUCACGUUCUCCGUGGACUAGUCCCGUUCUCACCGAACGGGGAAACCACGUAAAACUCGUCUCUUGUGUUCUUUCGUUUCCGCACUUUCGAUUUCUACAUGGUGUCAGAGCUGUGAACGGAUUCACGGCCAUUUGUUUUUACUAUGGGUGACACAGAUGAUCAUACCAUACACAGCUCGUCAAGGAGCAGCGGCGGGGACAGCGGUCUUGGCUCCGCCCAGGUUCUUCCGCGGCCUUCUCCUUUCUUGAUUCAUAAUUCCGAUAACCCCAGUCAACUUUUUGUGGGUGAACUGCUCACCAAAACCAAUUACGGCGAGUGGGUUGGAGACAUCACUGACUCCUUCAUCGCCAAGAACAAGCUUGGGUUCGUUGAUGGUUCGAUUUCGGCGCCUGACAUCGGGGGAGAAGACUAUGCCGCGUGGAAGCAAGCUAAUGCUAUGGUAAAAGGUUGGCUCAAGACAGCCAUGACUAAAAAUAUUCGGAGCAGUGUUCGUUUUGCACGAACAACUAGAGACAUCUGGGUCGAUCUCCAAUCUCGUUUUGGGCAUGGUAGUGCUGCUCGUAUGUACGAGUUGAAGCGUACUAUAAAUUUACUUCAGCAAGAGAAGACUUCCAUCACCACAUUUUAUACAAAGUUGCGGGGGCAUUGGGAUGAGCUGAGUUCGUUGGCCCCCUCUCUCGAAUGCACUUGUGGUGGCUGUACGUGUGAUGUCAAGCAGCGUCAGCGCGAGGCGAAGGAAGGUGAGCGCUUAUUUGACUUUUUAAUGGAACUUGAUGAUGCUUUUAGCACUGUUCGGACGCAGAUCCUAGCCAUGAAGCCCAUUCCCAGCUUAGGAGAGGCUUAUCAUUUAAUUAUGAAUGAGGAGCAGUCUCGGCAUAUUUCCAACAGUCGUCGUCCUCGCCCGGAUGCUGCUGUUUUCCAGGCGCAAGGGGAGCGCCGAUCAGAUAGGGUUUCGUCGCAGGGGGAGCGGGACGCCGAUGGCAAGCCGGUUUGCAGCCACUGUCAGAAGCCCGGGCAUUUCAGGGAGACAUGCUACAAAUUGAUCGGGUAUCCUCCACGCAAGGAAGGCGAGCAAAAUGGGAAGAAGAAAUCCGACCGAGCUUCCUGAUCUGCUCCGCGUGCUGCUGCUGUUGAAGUCGAAUCAGACUCUAGUCCAAUACCAGGUCUCAUGGCCGCCCAGCUCAGUCAACUCAAAUCCUUUCUCAACACCGAUUUGAGAGCCUCGACUCAAGCCUCCACGGAUCCAGUCUCCAACAUGGCCGGUACGUGUUCUGUUUCCUCUUCCUCGUGGGUUAUAGAUUCGGGAUGUAAUGAGCAUAUUGUUAAUGACCAUUCUUUGUUGGUUAAUGCGCUGGAGUCACCCCCAGCUCUUCAGGUUCGGAUUCCUAAUGGAACAGGCGUUCCUGUUCAUCGUAUUGGUUCUGUCAAGUUGUCUAACGACUUAUCUCUUCAGCGAGUAUUGCAUGUGCCGGAUUUUCAAUGCAAUUUACUCUCGGUCAGUCGGCUCACAGCUGACCUUUCUGUGGCCUUGAUUUUUAUCAGUGACUUCUGCGUUGUUCAGGACUUACCAUCCAGGAAGCUGAUUGGGAUGGGUAAGCACAUGGAUGGGCUGUAUUAUCUUCGGUUGUUUGAUGAGCAGCAUCCGGUGGCGCAUACAGCUCGUCAGGCAGUGGAUAAGACGGCCCUUUUGGCAUGCUCUAUUAGGACAUCCCUCGAUGGCUAAGUUGACGGUUUUGCAGAAGUACAUCUCGACACCACUUCUUCAGCGGAGUUCACCUUGCCAUUCUUGCAUUCGAGCUAAACAAGCUUGUGAUCCUUUUAUGUCUAGCUCGAUCACGACUUCCUCUUGUUUUGAACUCAUACAUUUGGAUAUUUGGGGCGGCUAUCACGUUCCAUCUUUUUCGGGUGCUCGUUAUUUUUUGACGAUAGUGGAUGAUUACAGCAGAGCAGUUUGGGUUUAUUUGCUGCGGUUUAAAUCCGACGUAGCUCGCACUUUAUGAUCCUUCUU